AUGAAUAGCAUUGAAACAGAAAGCAUUGAAACAGAAAGCAGUGACAACAUGUCGCUAAAUACUAUCUCUAAUUUUGAUGACGAUAAAUCAAAUUCAAAUCAAGUUGAAGAUUUUCUUAAUGGCAAGCAUAAGAGGACUACGACUAACGCCGAGAAACAAAAAGGGGUUUCUACUUUGAUGAGCCUCUUAGAUGGAAAAGACAAUGAAUUUGAUGAGCAGGCGACGUUGAAAGAUAUAAAAACUUAUGUUCCCAGAAUCAUUCUUGAGGAAUAUGAGCCUACUACUCUUCAAGACAAUACGAUAAUUGAAGAAAUCAAGAAUUAUUCAAAUGAAGAAAAUUCUCCAAUAUGUCCUCUGAGAUUCCAUGAGAAUGUAUUAGAGGCUAUUUUAGAAUUUCAAAGUUAUUGUAUAAAUCUUCAAGUCGAAAAAUGGAGUCACUCGUUUUUUCUCAGAAGUGAUGAGCCUUUGAUAUCCAGUGUAAAGAGAUUCUAUGAUUGUGAAUUACCUCCUUGGCACAGGCUAGUCGCCUAUAUUUGCAAAGAUGUUGAUUUCGAGAAGUAUUCCAGAAGCAAAAGAUUCGAAUUUUGUUCAGAAAGAUUGGCUAAGAAUAAAAACAACCGGGAUAGUCUUUUAUCAUUCUAUGUGGAGGUCUCUCAAGAGAUGUGA